CUUUCCCAGUCCCGGGAGGCCGCCGCGCCAGCCGCGCGGACCGAGCCCUUCCCGGGCCCCAGGCCGGCUCUGGACUUGAGACCCAGGCUGCCUCCUCCGAGAAGGAGAGGUGGGGGGUCCUGUCGACCCGUCCGAAGGAGUUUGCUGCAAGUUUGCUAAGGAGUAAAAGGGAAGCUAUAGACCCCGGCACCCGACCCCACCCCACCGCACGCUUAACCCGAGAAGGGAUGUGGUCAGCUGUACCAUGUUCCCCGGGCUGGACCAGCGUGACUCCUGCCAACCUUCCGAUCUCAUGGCAUCUCUUCUCCUCCUGCCUCCAAGGACCAUGACCCUGGGGAUCUUCAGAAGGAGCCUCCUGGUGUUGUCGGUGGCCGUGGGCCUGACUCAGGGAGACGUGGUGAGGCCUUCCAGGGGUCACCUGGUGAACUGCACUUGUGAGAGCCCACACUGCAAGAGGCCAACCUGCCUGGGGGCGUGGUGCACAGUGGUGCUGGUUCGUGAGCAGGGCAGGCGCCCCCAGCAAUACCGGGGCUGCGGGAGCUUGAACCAGGAGCCCUGCCUGGGCCGCCCCACCGAGUUCGUCAACCAUCACUGCUGCUACAAGUCCUUCUGCAACCACAACGUGACCCUGGUGCUGGAGGCCACCCAGACUCCUUCGGAGGAGCCGGAAGUAGACGCUCAGCUGCCUCUGAUCCUGGGUCCCGCGCUGGCCUUGCUGGUCCUGGUGGCCUUGGGUGCUCUGGGCUUGUGGCGUGUCCGGCGAAGGCAGGAGAAACAGCGUCUGCACAGUGACCUGGGCGAGUCCAGUCUCAUCCUGAAGGCAUCCGAACAGGGAGACAGCAUGCUGGGGGACUUCCUGGACAGCGACUGCACCACGGGCAGCGGCUCCGGGCUCCCCUUCCUGGUGCAGAGGACGGUAGCUCGGCAGGUUGCGCUGGUGGAGUGCGUGGGGAAGGGCCGAUACGGGGAGGUGUGGCGUGGCUCGUGGCACGGCGAGAGCGUAGCGGUCAAGAUUUUCUCCUCACGAGAUGAACAGUCCUGGUUCCGGGAGACCGAAAUCUACAACACGGUUCUGCUCAGACACGACAACAUCCUAGGCUUCAUCGCCUCCGACAUGACGUCGCGGAACUCCAGCACACAGCUGUGGCUCAUCACCCACUACCACGAGCACGGCUCCCUCUACGACUUCCUGCAGAGGCAGCCGCUGGAGCCGCAGCUGGCCCUGAGGCUGGCCGUGUCCGCCGCCUGCGGCCUGGCGCACCUGCAUGUAGAGAUCUUUGGCACUCAAGGCAAACCAGCCAUCGCCCACCGUGACCUUAAGAGCCGCAACGUGUUGGUGAAGAGCAACCUGCAGUGUUGCAUCGCAGACCUGGGCCUGGCUGUGAUGCACUCGCAGACGAGCGACUACCUGGACAUCGGCAACAACCCCCGAGUGGGAACCAAGAGGUACAUGGCGCCGGAGGUGCUGAGCGAGCACAUCCGCACGGACUGCUUCGAGUCCUACAAGUGGACGGACAUUUGGGCCUUCGGCCUAGUGCUGUGGGAGAUCGCCCGGCGGACCGUCAUUAAUGGCAUUGUGGAGGACUACAGGCCACCCUUCUACGACAUGGUACCCAACGACCCCAGCUUUGAGGACAUGAAAAAGGUGGUGUGCAUUGACCAACAGACGCCCACCAUCCCUAACCGGCUAGCUGCGGAUCCGGUCCUCUCCGGGCUGGCCCAGAUGAUGCGGGAGUGCUGGUACCCCAACCCCUCUGCUCGCCUCACAGCGCUUCGCAUCAAGAAGACUUUACAGAAGCUCAGCCACAAUCCAGAGAAGCCCAAAGUGAUUCAGUAGCCCAGGGUCCCUGGACUUCCUCUGCCUGAAGCAUGUGGUGGGGGAGAGGUUGUCUGGGUGGAGGUAGGGUGAGCGUGCACGCUGCCCCGUGCGUGCCUGCCCAGCUUGGCCCCAGCUCAUCCAGCCAAAAAUACAGCUGGGCUGAAAUCCGA